AGUUCCGGGCACGCCCACAGGCAGGAGUGUUGGUGGGACAACGGACGCUGAGGAGGCGUCUAGACUGCUGGCAGAGAGACGUCUGGCUCGGAUACAGAAGGAGCAAGAGGAAAGGCAACGGCAGGAAGAGGAGAGACUGAGGGUGGAGGAGGAGCAGAGGAGGCUGCAGGAGGCGAGAGAGAGACAGGAGAGAGCUGCCCUGCAGGCUGAGGAGGACAGAGUGAGACGUGACGAGGAGAGGAACAAGGAGGACGAGGAGAGACGACAGAAGGAGCAGAGAUGGAAGGACAUGCAGGAUCAGCUGGACAGAGAGAGAGAGGAGGCGUUCCUGCGAGCCCAGAAAGAGGCAGACAAGAAGAGGCAGGAGAGAGAGAUGCUGCACAUCCAGGAGGAGCAGGAGAGGCAGCAGAGGAAGAAGAGAAUUGAAGAGAUAAUGAAGAGAACAAGAAAGAGUGAAGUGGAGCCUCUAUCUGGUGCUGCAGCUGACAUGAGGGCAGAGACUGCGAUCGGCUCGGAGGAAGAUGCACCGACUCCCGCUGAAGCCCCCGUCAUCAUGCUGGGACCUCUGGAGAACAAGAUCUGUGUGGACGAGCUGUCAGACGGAGUCCAGUCUAUGGAUGUCAGUUCUCCAUCUGUCUCCAUCAGUCCUGUGUCCAGGGAGGAGCAGGCGAGCGCUCACGAGUUCUCACCGGUCACAGAGGGGACGGACGGCUGCCCUCUGGACCACCUGAUGGACAUGGACUCCCACGGGCGAGGGCAGCGUCACGUUGCAGAAACACCCCCGUACCCCAAAAUGCAGGCUGGUAGUGGGGUGGGAGACCUCAACAAGAACCUGCUUAUUCAAGGGUACAGCGCUGCCUCUGAAUCCUCACAGCUCAUCCACAGUGUCGGCCUGAGCAAACUGGACAUCCAGUAACAGGAGGAUCCUGCUGGUUCAGUACAAACAGGAGAAAAAUAACAAGAAAUCAUCACCUCUGUCUGCAACAACAGCAACAAUCAUUUCCACACGGAACAAGUGCUGAACAACUCACUUCCCACCUGAAAAACAAAACCUGCAUAACAGCAAAGCUUUUGGCAAAAUGUUGAGGGUGCGCAUGGGCAACUUUGACUCUUACAAAUAUAAAACAGUCUGACAAAAGUGUAUCUCUAGGACACGGAGCAUAAUUUGGGAUCAGCAUUUGUGUUUCUCUUUUGAUCAACUGAAGUUUGAGAUAGUAAAAGGACAGAAAAAGGUUAAUUUAUCAAAAAAUAGAGUAACACAGAUUAAAACAAAAAUUUGAGCAAAGGCAUGAGUUUAGAUAGAACUAGCUCAAGACAUCUACCUUCUACUUUAAACCACCUUCUCCACAUCUGCUCCUGUUGAAGCCAGAGUUGCCCAGCUGUGCUGCCACUCCAGUAAAUAUCACUCAAAUAUCAUCCGCUCUAAUCUCUCAUCCCUGCUUUUGUAAAACUCUGUAAAUAGAUGUGACAUCGUCGAGGAGUCUGGAGGCAGUGAGCGGCUCUGUAGCAGUUAAUCUGGAGGGAAGCUGUAAAAAAGAGACACUAUUGUAUAGAUCCUGUGUAGCAUCUUCAGUGAGGACUAGCUAGUUGAGCUGUUAAUGGUUGUAGCUGUGUACUUGAACAGUGUGUGAGAGUUUUCACUCUCUUUCUGUCAGUGUUUCUGAUGGUUCCUGUGUGUUUAUCUCACCUAUGACCUGCUCUACUGCUUUCCUGUCAUCAUGACACGUGAGAAAACAACAAACUGAUAUUAUAACCCUGCUGUUGAUCCAAAACUCAUGGCCUCUCGCUUUGUGUUUCUGCUGCUUAUCACUUGAUUCAUGGGCGUUUUUGUGGAGAUUAAACAAUCGACACCAAGAAUAUGAAGACAACCUGGAAGUGGUCAAAAGUAUGUCAAAUAUCCUGCAUUUUUAUCAGGACAGCAUUGACACAGUGUGUUGUGUAUAUGUUUGGCACUGACUGUAACCACACUAGCUGCAGUCUAUAAUAUGCACUUACAGUAGAUGUGUGUUCCACUGCUCUGAAGACGCUUGUAUCUCCACCAUAACUCAUCCCACCCCAACUAAAAUAUACCUCAUCGAUUGAUAACAGACUCUGGUGUGAAACAGCGUUCACCACCUCCAGCCCAUCACCACUGAGGCCUUAAACCUCUGUGCAGUCUAACACGUCCCCUAAAAACUACCCGUCCCUCUGCGCUUCAUGCAGCAUGUGCACUUAAAGGCCCCUUUUUCUACUAAAAGAUCCGGUAAGCAGAGAAAAGAGAAUAACAAAUGUUUCUUAUGCAAGUCUGUGGCUGAUUUGCAGCUUCACCUGAAGGAAGGAAGUGCAAGCAGAAGUGAAAGCAGGAUUUGAUUAUCAGCAGUAGUGAGUAGUUGCUCAGGGGCCACAGGCUGUUAGGGGCCUGAAAAGCUCCAGAUUGAUUGUGCUGAUUUUAAGAGCCGAGAUUAAGGAAAUAUUAAAAACUCUGCCUGCAAAUUCUACCAGCAGAACCUAAAAAAGAAAAGGGUCAGUCACCAACCAAAAUGUGCCAUUUUUAUAGCACAGUUAAAAAGUCAAAUUCUUUUUAGUUUAUUAUUCAGGUUUAAGUCUUUUAAUUUGACAUUAUCUCCUUACAUAAUGGUUCAGUGCUAAUGACUUUAUGCCCUUUUUUUGUCAAAUAAAUUCAUUAUGUUUACGUCCGUACACCUACCAAACUCUGUACAUUUUUUUAAGCAUUCAGAAAAACCUUCUGCUCCAGUAAGGAGUCCCGAAAGUGGAAACGGGCAGAAAAAAAUAAAAAGUUACGUUUCAGGGGUGAACAGAAAUCACUCGUGAGCACAAGAAAGUUUCCUGUGAUAAUGAGAAGGUAUUGCCUCGGCACAAGAAAGUUUUUCCUGAUCACUUAAAAGUUUUGCAUGUGCUCCAAAGAGUUUCUGCUGUCUGUUUCAUAUGUUGAACGAAGUGGUCUUGUGCAAUCUCUGAGCUACCGGUAUGUUAAAGAGUGCCACAUACAUUACUUUCUUGUGGACACAUGAAACUUUCUUGUCUUCAGGCCUCCAAAUGUUUGAAAAUGCUGCCGUGGCUGAAAGUCCCAGAGAGUCUUUUGGGGUAAGAAUUGUUGGAAAUAAAUCCAAUUUUAAUCCAGGUGCAAAGAAAGUUCUUUAAAAAUCUCCUUGUUGUGGGAAAAGGGGCUCCACUGCUCUGUCGAGGUGCCACAUUGAGAGAAAAAAAAAAUACUUCACAUCUGCUCACUGAAUGUAUAUUUAUGUUUUCUUUCUCCUGCUGGCCUCCCUCUCUCCAUGUACGCUCUUUAUUCCUCCAGAUUCUGCUGAAGCUCAUUUGUAAGAGGGUCUCCUGGGUCCCCUUGUAUAUGAAGUAAAAAUAAAGGACAUGAUGUUUAUCCUAAUAUUACUUAACUCUGUGACACUGCAGCUUGGUGGAAUAUAUCAUUGUAGAUGUGGUGCAUGGAUAACUGCUGAUAAAAGAACAAUAAAAGUUUCAUCAAGCCAUUUGUGUCAGUAAGCUGGAUAAAUUAACAAAUGUAAAAAUUUAAGUUUGAAAUGAAGGGAAAUGUUAAAGAGUCAAACAUGUAUAAGAUGUUUAGCCUUUGACAUUCAUAAUGUGAAAUAUGAAAUGACAAAUCUAGUGUAGGGCUUAACCAAUGCAGCCACUUUUAUUUAUCAUAAUAUCUCACUGUGUGUUGACUUUAUGCUGCACUGACAUUAAAACUGAUCUGCAAAA